AUGGAUUCCAGUUACAACUCCUCUUCUAAGGGUCAAGAUCAACAACAACGCCAACAACAUUCUCCCAUGGACUUGUUAUCUUCUGCAAAGAACGCAACACAAUCUGCUUUUUCAAAUGCUGCUAGUAACAUUGCAAAUGCAGUCGGUGACAAGGUUGAUGAUUUUCUCCACCAUAAUGACUCAACUACUACAAAGAACAACACCACCACCACCCAUUCUAGUAGCAAGCUUGAUAGUGAUAACCGCACUAGCAGUGGUUAUGGGAAAAGUGGUAAAUCAGAAAGUGAAUAUGGAGGAAGUGGACGUUCGAGUAGCCAUGACUAUAAGUCUGGUAGUGCGUAUGAUGAUGCAGAUCGUUCAAGUGGAGAUCGUUCUGGUGUAGGUUACGGUGGUGAUGGUCGUUCCGGUGGUGGAUAUGGUGGGGAUGGAAUUUCUAGUGGUGGAGGUCAUUCCGGUAGUGGGUACGGUGGUGAUGGAAUUUCUCACAAGGGAGGUCAUACUAGUGGUGGUUAUGGUGGUGAUGGUAUUUCAAGUGGUGGAGGUCGUUCCGAUAAUAGGUACGAUGGUGAUGGAAUUUUUAGUGGGGGAAAUCGUACUAGUGGUGGAAAUCGUACUAGUGGUGGUUAUGGUGGCGAUGGAAUUUCUAGUGCUGGAGGUCAUUUGAAUAGUGAUGAUGGUAUUUCAAGUGGUGGAGGUCGUUCGACCAGUGGUUAUGGUGGUGAUGGAAUUUCUAGCGGUGGAGGUCAUUCGAGCACUAGUUAUGGUGGUGAUGGUAUUUCAAGUGGUGGAAGUCAUUUUGGUAGUGGGUAUAGUGGUGAUGGAAUUUCUACGGGGAGAAAUCAUAUUAGUGGCGGUUAUGGUGGCGAUGGAAUUUCUAGUGGUGGAGGCCGUUCAAGUAGUGGUUAUGGUGGCAAUGGACUUUCUAGUGGUGGAGGUCAUUCGAGUAGUGGUUAUGGUGGCGAUGGAAUUUCUAGUGGUGGAGGUCGUUCAAGUAGUGGUUAUGGUGGCGAUGGACUUUCUAGUGGUGGAGGUCGUUCAAGCAGUGGUUAUGGUGGCGAUGGACUUUCUAGUGGGGGAAAUAUUACUAGUGGUGGUUAUGGUGGGGAUGGAAUUUCUAGUGCUGGAGGUCGUUUGAGCAGUGAUGAUGGUAUUUCAAGUGGUGGAGGCCGUUCAAGCAGUGGUUAUGGUGGCGAUGGAAUUUCUAGUGGUGGAGGUCAUUUGAGCAGUGGUGAUGGUAUUUCAAGCAGUGGUGGAGGUCGUUCUAGUAGUGGUUAUGGUGGUGAUAGUCGCUCUAGUGGUGGCUAUAAUGGUGAUGGAAUAUCUAGUGGAAAAGGUCAUGCCAGUGGUGGAUAUGGAGGUGAUGGAAUUUCUAGUGACGGAGGUCAUUCUGGUAGUGGAUAUGGUGACAAAGGUCGUUCUGCUAGUGGUUAUGGUGGUUCUGGUGGAGGAUAUGGAGGUGAUGAUGAUAAUCGUUCUGGUGGAAGAUCUAGGAAUGAGAGUUAUGGAAGUGGUGGAUAUGAAAAUGAUAGUCGUUCAAGAAGUGGAUAUACUUAUACAAAUUAG